CCGUCCUCCUCCCUCGGCCUCUCCAUUGGACCGAUUGGGAAAAUGAGAAGCUGGGCGGCGGGGAACGGGCAGACAGUGUGGUGCUCACCGGCCUCUCCUUCCUUCUCCACACAGGUCAGUGACUUCCUCUCGGGCCGCUCGCCGCUCACUUUGGCCCUCCGAGUGGGCGACCACAUGAUGUUCGUGCAGCUCCAGUUAGCGGCCCAGCAGGCAGCGGCGGGUGCCCAGCUCCAGCAUAGACAGCACCUGGUGGCUGGACGCGGGGAUCCGGGGGCCACUGCCGGCGGCCCCUCCCCCUGCCGAUCGUCCGGCCUCGCCGCCACCGCCCGCGUCCCCGUGCCCGCCUGCCCACCCAGCCCCUCAUCCACCUCCAGCACGCCCGCCUAUUUCAGCCCUGCCCACCCCUCGCCCGUCACAGCCGGCGUGUUCCGGUCCCACGGCGCCAGCACACAGACGGUUAAUGGUGGCACAGUCUCCUCCUGUUCUGAGGUGGAUUGUGCCUCUCAUAGCAGCAGCACCAGCCCUUCCUCCUCUUCGUCCGCCUCUUCUUCCUUGGGCUCCAGCUCCCCACCCAGCUGCAGCCCGGCCCCCAGCACUCGCUCCCGGAAACCUGGUGCCGUCAUCGAGAGCUUCGUGAACCAUGCUCCAGGAGUCUUCUCAGGGACCUUCUCUGGCACGUUGCAUCCAAACUGCCAGGACAGCAGCGGCCGCCCACGGCGGGACAUUGGCACCAUCCUGCAGAUCCUUAACGACCUCCUGAGUGCCACCCGGCACUACCAGGGCAUGCCCCAGUCCCUGGCCCAGCUCCGAUGCCAGACGCAGUGCUCGCCCUCCCCCGAGCUCACCACCAAAGCUACCUCGUGCGAGAAGCUGACAGCUCCGCUGCACUCCGUGGUCCAGAGUCAGAUCCGAAUGUGCAAGCCCACUGGUGACCGCCUGCGGCAGACAGAGAACCGCGCCACACGCUGUAAGGUGGAACGCCUGCAGCUGCUCCUGCAGCAGAAGCGCCUCCGGCGAAAGGCCCGGCGGGAUGCGCGCGGCCCCUACCACUGGCUGUCGGGCCGCAAGGCGGGCCGGGCCACCAGCAGCAGCAGCAGCAGCGGGGGCAGCGACGCGGGCGGCCUGGACCUCGACUUUGAGGACUCACUCUGGAAGCCCGAGGUCAAGGCGGACCUCAAGUCGGAGUUCGUGGUGGCCUAGGGCCUGCCCCAGCGGCACUGCCCCCCCCCGGCCCGCCCCCCAACCCCCGGUAGUGUCCCCUCGAUUUCUCAGGGGCGGGGGAUGGGGACAGCAGGCCGGAGGGCCGAGGGGGUCCGAGCCUUCGUCUCCGCUUCUCUCUCCCCGACAGACUGUGGCCGGCCCCCCGGCCGGCCGCCCCUCUUUCCCGUGCCCCCCCAGCCCCGGGGCUGCCCCUUCCCCUCUCUCCUUCUCCAUAUGUAGCAUUGUGCCAGAUGGUUUGAGUGAGCUAAGCAAAGACUCCACCAGCAGCCCACCCCGCUUGCCCCGACCCUGCCCCAUUCAGGUCCAAGUUGACAAUACCUAACUGAACAGACUCAUAGUGCACUUUACAGAUUUGGGGAGGGGGUGGGGGGCUUCCUCCCCACAGCUCCAGCCCCCACUCCAGGCCAGUGCAGCAGCCCACCAGGUUUAAACAAAGCGGAACAAAAAGCCGAGCCACGCCGGCGAGACAUCCGGGGGCCGCCCGCCCGGGUGCCCCACCUUCGCCGCUGCGUGCUUGGGGUUUGGCGUUUUGCUCUGUUUUGAAGCUGGAGAUUCUGGCCCUCGGGACUGACUCCUUUCUGGGAGGGAUUUUUCGUUCUCUCCCCCGUCCCCCUCGGACCUCCUCCUCCUCCGGGGUACUGCCCACUCGAGGCGGGUGGGAGGGGGCCGCACGGGCCCGCCGGGGGCCGGGGCUCCCUCCUACUCCUCCCAGAGGGAGAGGAUAAGAAGGGAGGACAGAGGGGUUCCUUCCCCUCCUGCCUCAGCCUUUCUCCCCUGUGCCUCCUGCCUUGACCCUUCGUGUCCGGCCCUUCUCGCCCCCUCCCUGUUUUCUGACCCCCCUGCCUGGGCUGGGGUAUUUAUAGAGUAAAUUGACUGUCUGACUGAGCCAGUUUCAGAUCUGAGCCUCUCUCCUCAGGCCCUGGGAGAGAAGGAGUGGGGAGGAAGGAGAGCCUCUGUCCCCUCCUCCUCUUGCUCACCUGAUCUGUGUUUUGGGGGGAGCCUGCUAUUUGCCCCUUCCCCCUGGGGAGGGACAGGGGGACCAGCUGCCCAAGGGGAGACACCCCUGACCCAAGUUGGGGAGGGGCAUGGCCUUGUAGCAUUAACCCCAUUUGGGGGAGGGGACAGGCCCCUCCUGGCCUUGCCCCCAACUUUUCUCCCUGCACCCUCUGUUUCUUUCCAGCCUGGCCGGCCCCUCUGGGGCCCACUCAGAGCCCUCUCCCCUCUUGAGCUCGCUGCUGCCGCCCUAGUGGCCACACAUCCCCCACUGCGGGGCAAAUAGAUGCCAGGGCUGGGGGCAUGGGGGUGUGGUGGGAGGCUUCUCUUCCCCCCCCCCCCCCAAGCUCCCUCCCCAUGGGGCCAUUUCAAUGGAUUUUAUUUUAUUAAAUCACAUGUUUCUUUUUUACGGAGAUGGACUGAGCUGUCUGGGCCCUGCCCCGCUGCCCCCUUCUGUCCUUCCCUCCAUAGCCCGCCCCCCACUUUUACCAUCUGUGUCCCCCCAUCCCACUCCCUUCACCUCAUGCCCCUUAUGUCCCCAUCAGUAGGGAAAGCCAGGACCUCACUGAUCGUCCCAACCUAGAGAGCCCCCCUCCCCUGGUCUUGUGACGACACCUCAUGUCCAGAUGUGAGCAUCCGUGUUCCUGUAGCUUUGUAAUUAUUUUGGGGGGGUGGGGGGGAGACUCGAGGCUUAAUAUUUUUCCAAAGUGAGAAAAAAAGUCAAAACUCGAGCCGUGUGGGGUGGUUUUUUUUUUCUCUUUUUUUAAGAUUUGGAUUUCUAUUUAAAUGUCCGCCGUUUGUUUUGUUUUUGUUUGAAUUCCUUUGAUGCCUGCUCCACAAACCUCCCUGUCCUGGCAAGGUGUUCCUGGAGGGGGGGACAGGAGCAGGCACACACCAUGCCACCGGUCUCCUGCCCGGGAGGGCUCGGGGCUCACGAGCAGAGCAUUAUUUCCCAGUGUUCCCCAGUGGGUUUGGGCAUAGCCUUUGGCCCCCCACCAUUCUCCCCUCACCCUGCACUCCCUUUGUCCACGUUACCUGUGUGAGAACCAGACAGUGCGAGGAGAAAACCACCCACCGUGAUUUUAAAAUAAUAAACAGACCAUGAAACACGA